CUCCGCCCCCCAGGGACCGCUAUAAAGCGCGUAGGCAGAGCUUCCCCCACGGGUCACCGUGACUGUGGGAUAAACCAAACCCAGGCCGUUUGCAGGACCGGUCUCCCGCCGCCACCGCCACCAUGCCGUUCGGAAACACCCACAACAAAUACAAACUGAACUUCAAGCCGGAGGAGGAGUUCCCCGACCUGACCAAGCACAACAAUCACAUGGCCAAGGUGCUCACCCCGGACCUGUACAAGAAGCUGCGCGACAAGGAAACCCCUAGCGGGUUCACCCUGGACGACAUCAUCCAGACCGGAGUGGACAACCCCGGACACCCGUUUAUCAUGACGGUGGGCUGCGUGGCCGGGGACGAGGAGUCGUACGUGGUCUUCAAGGACCUGUUCGACCCCAUCAUCCAGGACCGCCACGGCGGCUACAAGCCCACGGACAAGCACAAGACGGACCUGAACCACGACAAUCUCAAGGUUGGGGAGGAGGGCGGCGGGGGCGCCGGACGGCGGGGGCGGCCAGGUGGGCGGGGGCGGCGGCUAAAGGUCCUUCCCUCCCCUCCCUGCCCCCUCCCCGCUUCUCCCGUUCGCUUCCCGUCCCCCCAGGGCGGCGAUGACCUGGACCCCAACUACGUGCUGAGCAGUCGCGUCCGCACGGGCCGCAGCAUCAAGGGCUACACGCUGCCCCCACAUUGCUCCCGCGGGGAGCGCCGCGCCGUGGAAAAGCUCUCGGUGGACGCCCUGAACAGCCUGACGGGCGAGUUCAAGGGUAAGUACUACCCGCUCAAGAGCAUGACGGAGCAGGAGCAGCAGCAGCUGAUCGACGACCACUUCCUCUUCGACAAGCCCGUGUCCCCCCUGCUGCUGGCCUCCGGCAUGGCCAGAGACUGGCCGGACGCCCGUGGCAUCUGGCACAAUGACAACAAGAGCUUCUUGGUGUGGGUGAACGAGGAGGAUCAUCUCCGGGUCAUCUCCAUGGAGAAGGGUGGCAACAUGAAGGAGGUUUUCCGCCGCUUCUGCGUCGGGCUGCAGAAGAUUGAGGAAAUCUUCAAGAAGGCCGGCCACCCCUUCAUGUGGAACGAACAUCUGGGCUACGUGCUGACCUGCCCCUCCAACCUUGGCACUGGCCUGCGUGGGGGAGUCCACGUCAAACUGGCCCAUCUCAGCAAACAUCCCAAAUUCGAGGAGAUCCUUACUCGCCUGCGGCUGCAGAAACGGGGCACAGGCGGCGUGGACACAGCAGCCGUGGGCUCCGUGUUUGACGUCUCCAACGCCGACCGCCUGGGCUCCUCGGAAGUGGAGCAGGUGCAGCUGGUGGUGGACGGGGUGAAGCUCAUGGUGGAGAUGGAGAAGAAACUGGAGAAAGGCCAGUCCAUCGACGACAUGAUUCCCGCCCAGAAAUAGGAUGGCCCCACCCCCUCUUUGCUCCUCCCACGGAGCUGCAUUAAAAGUAGUGUGGGGCCCAGC